UAUUCAUGUAAAAAUGUUUAUGAGGUACAUUAGAGAUAUUGUUAUUGUAGGCAUUGUAUUCUGUACUUACACAGCAGCUGGAGGGCUAUAGUUUGGACCCCUUGAGGUGUCACCUUAAUGGAAUAAGGCUUCAGCCUGGUAUUAGAGAAGGGUUUAUAUAAGUGCCUUUAGAUCUACAGGCAGUACCAGAGCAUGGGGACUGAAGUCAGUCAGCUGAUGAUGGGUUCUACUAUCAUUCAAAUGAGAGAUGUUGGUGACCUCACUAGCUGUAACCGAAAAAUAAAAGGGGUACACCCCCCCACCCUGGAGUUUUCCCCCCUCUGGCAGGGUAAGAACAAGUGCUGGUUCUGUGCCUCUCUUCUGAUAGCAUUGCUGCUCUCCCUGGCAGCCACUGCAGUCCUGAAACACGCUAGAUUGUAUCUGUUCUUCUGAGAUUGACUCAGCCUGGUCACAUGAUGCUACUGUAUGUAUGAGUGAAGAGAGAGUGUUAGAAUAUACCUCCAGAUCAGUAUGGGGCAGAAUGGGCUAAAUCUGCUCUGUGUGUUUGAGAGAAAGACUGAGCAUGAGUCUUACAUGUGACUGUGUGGGGUUGCAUUAUUGUGCAGUAAAAUGAGAGCUUGGCUACCUGUGGCUGCUGUACCAAGGGAACCAACCAAAUCACUAUCUGAACUGUCAGGAGAAGGAAAAUAUGCCACAGACCCCUUUAUUUCCCAGCAUGCUUGGCUCUACCUGUAGUGGGCAGGUGCAGCCGGAGAUGGGAGAGCAGUGUAGAGAUCCUGUUUAUCAAGAUGGAAGCCUGGUGUCUGGGUCCCUUGAAGUUCUAAUUGAACGCCUUGUGCCUACUUUGGAUUAUUAUCCUGAUAAAACCUAUAUAUUCACAUUCUUGCUGAGCGCACGGAUCUUCAUUCAUCCUUAUGAGAUUCUGGCCAAAGUGGGACAAAUGUGCAUCAAGCAAAAACAGCAACUGGAAUCUGGUUCUGAGGCAGACAAAGCUAAACUCAAAUCCUUUGCUGCAAAAAUCAUCCAGCUUCUGAAGGAAUGGACAGAAACAUUUCCUUUCGAUUUCCAAGAUGAGAGAGCCCGGAAAGAAAUGAAGGAGAUUGCACAAAGGAUCACACAGUGCGAUGAGGAGAAUGGAACUAUCAAAAAAAGCAUCAGUCAGGUGACUCAGAAUGUACUUCUUGUUCUCUCCACUCGAGGCCAGUUCCAGGAGGUCAGGGAAAAGAUCCGUCAGCCUGUCAGUGAUAAAGGCACCAUUCUGAAGACCAAACCACAAUCUGCUCAAAAGGAUAUUUUGAGUGUGUGUAGUGACCCACUGAUUUUGGCUCAGCAGCUUACUACUAUUGAACUGGAACGAUUAGGAAACAUCUACCCUGAAGAUCUGAUGCAAAUCAUUAGUCACAUGGAUUCCUUGGAUAACCAUAAGUGCCGAAGUGAUGUCACAAAAACCUAUAACCUUGAAGCUUAUGACAACUGGUUUAACUGCCUAAGCAUGCUGGUGGCUACAGAGAUAUGCAAGGUGGUGAAGAAAAAGCACAGGACCAGAGUAAUGGAGUUUUUCAUAGAUGUAGCCAGAGAAUGUUUCAACAUUGGAAAUUUCAAUUCCAUGAUGGCCAUCAUCUCUGGAAUGAAUCUCAGUCCUGUAGCCAGGCUUAAGAAGACGUGGUCCAAAGUGAAAACAGCCAAAUUUGACGUUCUUGAGCAUCACAUGGAUCCCUCAAGCAACUUCUGUAAUUACCGUACAGCCCUGCAGGGAGCAACCCAGAGGUCCCAAAGUGCCAACAGCAGUCGGGAGAAAAUUGUAAUCCCAGUUUUCAACCUUUUCAUCAAAGACAUCUUUUUCCUUCACAAAAUCCAUUCUAACCGCUUACCUAAUGGACACAUCAAUUUCAAGAAAUUCUUGGAGAUUUCAAGACAGAUCCAUGAUUUCCUAACUUGGAAGCAGGUGGAGUGUCCAUAUGAGAAAGACAAAAAGAUUCAAACCUACCUACUAACCACGCCUAUUUACACUGAAGAAGCCCUUUUCCUGGCUUCCUUUGAGAACGAAGGUCCAGAUAACCACAUGGAAAAAGACAGCUGGAAGACUCUCAGGUCAACGCUUUUGAACAGAGCCUGAAAACCGAUCAAUCAAAGCCUGAAGCACAUACAGGAAUAAAAGAAUUUUUAGAUUUC